CUGCUGCUGGUGGUUCUGGUUCUGGGUUGUUUCUGCUGUAGCUGUGUGUGAUCUUCAGGCUGGAGCUGCUGCUGCUGCUGUAUGAAGGUCUCUUCUCCCAUCAAAGAGUAACAUGCGAGUGUUUGUAAUGAAGAGGACCUGCUUGCUGAGCUGCUUUCUAGCUCUGCUGCUUCCACUCCUUUCACGGCAGGAGGAGCACAGCAAGCUGCUGCUGGUGUCCUUUGAUGGCUUCCGCUGGGACUAUGUGGACAGGGUGCCCACGCCCAACUUCCACGCUCUCAUGGAGGAAGGUGUGCAGGUGGAGAAGGUGGAGAACACCUACAUCACCAAGACCCUCCCAAACCACUACACUCUAGUAACAGGACUGCACGCAGAGAGCCACGGCGUCGUAGCCAAUGAAAUGUAUGACCCAGUUCUGAACCGCUCCUUCUCUAUGGAGGGUCCAGAGGUGUACGACUCUCGAUGGUGGGAGGAGGCUGUUCCUCUGUGGGUCACCACUCAGAAGGCUGGUCGGAGGAGCGGAGCUGCCAUGUGGCCCGGAUCUGACGUGGCUAUCAGAGGAAUCUACCCAACCCAUUAUGUGCCAUACAAUGCCUCUAUGCCCUUUGAGAUGAGGGUGGAGAAGCUCAUCAGCUGGUUCUUGGGAACAGAGGCCAUCGAUUUCGGGGUUCUUUACUGGGAGGAGCCUGACGAGACUGGUCAUAAUGUGGGGCCAGAGAGCCCCCUUAUGGAUGUGGUCAUCGAGGACAUUGAUAGAAAGCUGGGUUUCCUCAGAGAGAAGCUGAAGAUAUCUGGACUUUAUGAUAAAAUCAAUCUCAUCGUCACCAGUGACCACGGUAUGACGCAGCUAUCACGCAACAAGAUCAUUGAGCUGGACGCCUACGUGAGUCAAGACCUCUACACAUGGAUAGACAAGAGCCCAGUGGUGGGAAUUCUGCCUAAAGAGGGUAAGUUCGAGGAGGUCUAUAAUUCACUGGAGAAUGCAAAUCCUAACAUGGUUGUGUACAAGAAAGAAGACAUCCCUGAUUAUUUUCACUACAAACACAACGCCAGGAUCAUGCCGAUUAUAAUUGAGGCCAAAGAAGGAUGGACAAUCGUGAAGAACAGAACAGAACCCUUUAUGUUGGGAAACCAUGGCUAUGAUAACCACUUACGCAGCAUGCACCCGGUGUUUGUCGCCCGUGGACCCUCGUUCCGCACUGGCUAUAACAAGACGGCCAUGCGCUCUGUUGACCUCUACCCUCUCAUGUGUUACAUUCUCGGUGUUCAGCCGCUGCCCAACAAUGGCUCUCUGGCGAGUGUACAGGAUCUCCUGGUGGAAAAACCGACCCCCAGACCAACACUGCCGUCUGUACCCAAUGAACCCUCCUACGCCUGGGUCGUUGGCUCACUCCUGGGCGCCGCCCUGGUGGUCGGGUUCCUCGUGCCCUUUAUAAAGCAGGUGACGCAGAGGCAGCUUCCACCACUGCCCCUCAGCAACCAGGAGAUAUCACAGCCCUUACUGCAGGAAAAAUAUACACCUUUAAUGACAUUACCACAUCUUUGAUUCUGAUUGUUUAUUUUGAUAUGUCUGAAUUGAAGCUUGCAGUACUACUCUUUUAACGUUUCUUAAGGUGAAGCUCUUGAAGCAUGUAGCAUUGAUCCUGUCUCUCUCUGGUGCUUCAGAACCUGUUUCCAAAUCCAGUUGAUUCUAUUUAACAUCUGAUCCCUAUGAUCCAAAUUUAAAUUAAAGGCAAGGUUGCUUUAAUUCAUGUACCAGUUAAAUAGGGCAAAACUGCCAAAUUAAAUCACCACCGCUGAUGCCAUGCCAAGGCAUAACAAAUCAAGCAAUAUGAAGAGAGAAAAUACAGGCAAUACAGAACAAGCAUUAGAUUUAUAGCUUUCCUGACUGACUGCAUUUUCUGAAUUCCUGUGGCCUAUAUACAACCCCAAAUCAGAAAAAGGUUAAGAUAGGUUGAGAUAGCAUGUAAAGCGCAAAUAAAAAGUAAGUACAGUGUUUCUCACUUACUUUGGUUUUGAUUGUGGACAUUAUGAUCUCAAGAUAUUUUGUGUAGUACAUCUAUUCCUGCAUUUCAGGCCUACAACACAUCCCAAAAAAGUUGGAACAUGAUGAUGGCUUUCAAAAUAAUCAUGUCAACAUUGAUUAUAAUGUUGAUUAUAAUAGUGAUUUGUUUAAAAACAAUGUCCUUAAAGAAAGCCUGGAAGGGAUAAGCUUAUUUCUCCCUCUAAUGUGCAUAAUAUCAUUAAACAUUUAAGCAAUCUGGAAGAAUUUUAGUGCUUAAAGGGCAGGAGCACAAGCCUAAGCUUAACACUCGUGAUCUCCAAGCCCUCGGAAUUGCAGAAUUGCAUUAAGAACAAUAAUAUGUGUAAAUACUGCUUAAUACUACAGAGAGGGAGUCAACUCCUUUGGGCUCAGAGGCAUCUGAAAUGGACCAUCAGACAGUGUAAACAUGUAUUGUAGUAUAAUAUCAAAUUGGUAUUCCAGAUCUUUUUUGGAAGAAAUGGAUGCUAUGUUCUCUGCAUCAAAGAUUAUAAAGACCACCCUGACCUGCGUCUGUCAUGGUACGAGGGUGUGUCAGUGCACUUCUGUGAUGCAGCAUUAAAGUAGAAAUGUACUUAGAGAUCUUGAAGUAACAUAUGCUGCCUUCAAGACAACAUCUUUUUAGUUCAGGUCCAUGCAAUUUUCAACAACACAAUGCAAAAACACAUACUGCACACACUACAAAGGCAUGUAUGUAAAAUAAAUGAAAUGCAGGAAUAGAUGUAUAUUAACAAAUGAAAUGAAGGUCAGCAGAAAAAACAUAAAAUAGCUUACAUUCUUACUGUCUGAAAUUAAAUACAUUUAAAGUUAUUGUAAGAAACACUGCAUUAAAAAAAGACUCAGCUUUUCUGAUUUGGGGUCGUAGUUCAAAAAAGGGAAAACACCGCAUAGUCCUAACCUUUACGAUUUUAGAAAUGUAAUUUCUUUCUUUCUUUUUUUUUAUAGAAAGGCAGUGUUUGUCUAAUUUAAGUCAUUAAUGAAUGUUUAAAAAAUAUCCAUUCUCUGUUAAGUUUUUGGACUGAACCUUUUGAGGGAUAUUUGUAUCUUUUAUUAAUUAGAUGCUUUUAUACUGUGUUUUCUUUAUUAAGAUUUUCUUGAACAAGUGAAGUGCAAUGACUACAUGCUUUAAUGUUUUGUUUGUGAAACUGGCAGAGUAAUGUUUUAUGUUGUUUACAUGAUGUAGGUAGUUAAUAAGCUGCCUCUGUGUUGCACUAAGAUCAACGUAAGCUAAUCAGGAUUUGUAGAAAUGAAAGAGAAUAAGGAGAACAAAGUGGUUUUAGAACGGCUGCAUUUUGCACAGCAUUUUCCCAUGUGUUUAAUCUUUUUUUAAAAAAGGCUACGUGCCAAAAGUCUUUAGCUACUAAUCUGGGAAACUCUGGGUACAAACUAGUGGCAGAGCAGUAGAUUCCUUUGAUUUUCUAAUUUCAGAUUCAGAACUUUGCAUAUGAGGCCCCAACUGGGCAGAACCACUGUGAUCUAUCUUCUACAGGUACCAAAACAAAGAAAAAGAACUUAUGAAGUAUUUAACAUAGUCUUUGGUGUAGAUGUUACUGGUAGGAUACAUAGUUAUGCAUCAUUUUGCUUGCAAUCUUACGCUUUUAUGGUGUGGCUAAAAAUGCCUUUUAAUUUAAAAGAAAAAAAAUGUUUAUCUUAAUUAUAAUGUAGUGCUUAAAGUGUGAAAAGACUAAAACUAUUAUUUAACUUGUGUCUCAUGUUCUAGAUUUUAAGUAAAGACUUGAAUGUGCAAUUGCACAUCUUCAUUUGUCUGGUGUUCUACUGGUGUAAAAACAGAAUGAGAAGCAAGUACAUGGUAAAUAGGUACAAGGUUAAACAAUUUACUGGAGAAGUGUUGUGGCCUUAUAAUAUUGCUGAUUUAUUCAGAUGCCACAUUUAACUUUAUAGCUUUCUAACUAAGUACUAACUCAGGCCUAUAGAGGAGGAGCAGAAAAGGUGUGAAGGCAUGCAUCUGACCACCAGCAGCUUUGCUGACAAGUGUCAAGAGGCAACUUCAUUACUUUUACAUGGCAUCCAGAUCAAUGUCUUUUUUUGUCAACUUUUGUCAACUUUUAAAUUGUUUUAUUCAUUUUUGUUGUUGUGUAGAUAUAAAGGUAAUAUAUAAAAAAAUAUUUAUCAUAGCAAAAAAUGAUUCAAGUGAAGACAUCCAGUAAUAAUUUAAGUAGUGAUUUUAUGUAUGCCAAUAGGUUGAGAAAACAACACUGCUUGUAGCUAUUAUUCAGUACAUGGUUAGGUUGUUUUGUUAUCUUUAGGUUAAACAUUAAUACAACUUACUUUAGUGAAAUCAGAAGGGAAGCUGCUGGUGGAACAACUUUGUGCAGGAGGUAUGUUGCAGAAAACUGAAACAUGUGAUGUAAAUGUCACUCGAUGCAGUAUAGAUUAUCCGAUAUCAGCUGAAAUGCAUUCACUGUUUAAGUUUGCAUACUGAUGAGUCAAGUAUUUCCUUUGUUUUAAUUAAAAUUUGGUAUUGAAA